AUGUCUGGAAACGGCAAGCAACGCGAGAGUGACGAGGCUCCCCAGUCUUCAAGCCGGGGUCCGUCCCAGUUCCUCGUGGAUCAGGAUCCGCACCAGGAGGGAGAUGGACCUGCCAGAUGGGAGAAAUUAGGGGAUCAGCCAAACAACAACCCGGAGCUCUCCGACUUUUUGCUACGAGUCUCUUCGAUAACUGGCCUUGAUUCGACUCGCUACAUUGGUGGAAAGAAUCGAAAAGGGUCCUAA